CCUAUUCCUAUUCCUCUUCCUUUUUUUUUUUUGCUUCUUUGUGCUUUUAUUUCUUAUGGUAUUUUAGCUUCUGAUGAAAAAAAGGUUUUUGGCAGAUCCUAUCAGAAUCUACACAAUCGAAAUGCGCUUUUAGGAGAUGGCGGCUCUAGAAGUCCGUCAUACUACAACCAACAAAACGAGUCGAAUGGAGAGAGUAGUAGUAACAUUGGACGAUCGACAAAGAUUAAGAUUGAUGAUGGGGAUCUAGAGUUUAUGGAAAGUCAGAAUGAUGAUCGAAUAACCGGUCUCUCGGCUAAAGUUCAGAUGUUGAAAAAUAUAACUGGAAAGAUUGGCGAUGAAAUUCGGUCUGGAAAUACACUCUUAGAUACCAUGAAUGAUCAAUUUUCCAAUACUGGAUCGUAUCUGGGUAAAACUAUGAGUGGGUUCAAGAAGAUGGCAGCCAAGGAAUCUGGGGUAACUACAUGUUAUCUGAUCCUAUUUAUUGUACUGGUGGUCAUUGUAUUUUACUAUUCAUUCUUUCGAUAAUAAAUAUAAAUAUAAAUAUGAAUAUAAAUAAAAAACACUUAAAAAACAGAAUCACAAUACCAAAGAAAAAUAAAGGCAAAGAAAUUAAGCUUAUCAGAUCGAUCCAAGUAUAUAUAUAUAUUUAUGAAUAAAGUGAAUGGAUUAUGAUUCUAUUGGAAUUUUUGUUGCAUAAAUUAUAGAGUAGAAAUGCACACACAGACACACACAUAUAUGUAUUCACUGUGGCUUUUUUUUUUUGGUUGAAAAAUUAAAAAAAAAAGACAAGCAUUAGUGAAGUGCAGAAUCCUACAUUCUCUUUCAUAUACACACACUCUUUCUUUCUCUUGUUUGUUUAUUUGCUCUGACUUGAGCUUUAUGUUCAAAAACACAUUUCAGUCAGGAUUCCUGUCUAUUUUGUAUAGCUUGGGGAGUGAACCUCUUCAAUUAUGGGCUACACACCUACCUACAAAUGACUCGAAUGAUAAUGAAGACACAAAGCCAUCUCAUAUUGUGCAUGUUACGGAUGACAUGAUUAGCUCGUCUGUUAUUGAGCUGUUGUCUCCCAAUCUAUCCGACACAUAUAUCACCUGUCCUUCUCACCUAAACCGUACACUUGGAAUCAAGUUGCCAUUGAUAGUAUUGCUUGUCAAGAACAUGAAUAAAUAUUUUUCAUUUGAAGUGGAAGUUGUUGAUGACAAGGGAGAAAAACGAAGAUUCCGUGCUUCUAAUUAUCAAACCACUACACGUGUAAAACCAUUUAUUACAACAAUGCCGAUGCGGCUUGACCCGGGGUGGAACCAAAUCGUAUUUGAUUUGGCAGAUUAUGUUCGACGUGCUUAUGGUACUCACUAUGUCGAAACUGCACGAGUGACUGUACAUGCUAAUUGCCGGAUACGAAGGAUCUAUUUCACCGAUCGUCUCUAUGGUGAAGAGAAGCUUCCAGCAGAAUUCAAGUUAUUCUUACCAAUGCUUUCAAGCACUUUUGAAUAUGAAAAUCAAUAG